AUGAAAUUUGUCGCUGAAACGUGUAUUCUGAGGUCGAUCCUGUCGCUGCUGUUGCCCCUGUUGGUGGUGCUGCUGGAGAAUCAUUACGUGGAGGCUGACGUCUACAACUCGGCUUCACAACUGGCUUCGGUGCUUCGAUUGGAGAAGAGGCUGGUGGAGUUGGCUCAGGAGCUGCACAGCGAUGAACCGAAUGAGGAACUCAACAGAUUCCUGGCCGACAGUCAUCCCAUCCAGACGUUCGGCGGCAGCAUCGUGAGCCCGCUGGACGCCUACCAUAUGCUCCGGCGACUGACCAGCGACUUCGAGCCGGUCAGGACGGCGCUGCUGGCCGCCCGACAGCCCGAUAUAGAGGGUAACGUGACGGAGGUGCUGUCCAGUCCGUUAUUCCCGAACACCACCGACCUCAACGAGUCGGCGUUCGCGCUAGUUCGGCUACAGGACAUCUACGAUUUAAGCACAUCAGACCUGCAGCGGGGUCGCAUCAGGGGCCAUCGCUCCCCGUGGACACUGUCAGGUGAUGACUGUGCUCGGCUCAGCCAGCAGAGCCUAUCUCACAUGGAAUUUGAAUUAGCCGAAGUUUGGAACAAAGCAGCGCAACAGCUUAUACAUGAACAGCAGCGGCGGGUUGAGCUCGAGCGUAAACUCAACAGCAUUCGAGCAACGAGGGAGCUGGUGCUACAGCUGGCACGUCGCCAGCCAGACCAGUUCAUCAGCAAGUUCGCCGGCUCCGGGAUCCCGCUGGGGUUCCUGGGACGUGUUGUUGAGGAUGCCGACCCUACCGACAGCGUCGCCAUGCAGGACAUCGAGCGUCGCUACAAGCGGUUGUGCCGAGGAGAGGCGCUGCUGUCCCCAGCCGUGACCUCACGGUUCCACUGCGCCUACAAGAGGUCCUCUGACCCAUUCUUCCGCCUGAGACCGCUGAAGACCGAACUGCUAUGGCCGGACCCGCUGAUAGUGCGGUUUUAUGACGUCACUAGUCCACGACAGCGGGGCCGCCUGUCGCGUCUGGCCGGUCCACGGCUGGUCACCAGCAAGGUCACAGGGCGACCCGGAGAGAGCGGCAGGAGCACCCAGGGCAGAGUCGGCAAAAUGGCGUUCCUGCCGCGGGGCUCUGACCCCCUGGUGGGCCAGUUCCACCGCCUGGUGGAGGCGUUCACGGGCCUUUCUAGUGAGACCGCCGAGGACCUCCAGGUAGUCAACUACGGCGUCGGCGGCCACUACGAGCCACACGUCGACUUCUACGGCUCCUACGAGAUUGGAGACUUCUCGUACCCAAGAGAUCGACUCGCGACGUUUCUGUUUUAUCUGAACUCGGUCGGUGCAGGUGGCGCUACCGUAUUCCCGCUGCUCGGCGUGGCGGCGCCACCGGUGCCCGGCUCCGCCCUGUUCUGGUUCAACCUGCGCCGCAGCGGCCUGGCAGACUCUCGCACUGUGCACGCCUCCUGCCCGGUUCUGCUCGGCGCCAAGUCCAUUGCUAAUUUCUGGCUGCACGAGUCGGGCCAGGAGUUUCGACAUCGGUGUGGCACCAGUGAAGACGAGUGACGAGUGACGAGUGACGAAUGACGGAUGGCUGAUGACGGGAUGACGGAGCGGCGAAGAACGUCUGACGAUAAACAGAUUGCAAUGCUGACAGAUGAAUGAAUGGCGAAUGACUGGAGGGCGGAAAUGAAUGAAUGACCAACGGUUCAUGCUGCUAAACUGGUGUAUUUUGUCGUAUUCACACCACAAGUUGUGCAUCCCUGGAACAAAAAUUAGCGUUAUGGAUAGGCAUUGGUCAUUGUUUGUUUUUAUGGGCAUGUAUUGCAGUUUACUUCAUGUCAUAGCGGUGAAUGACAAAGCUCGCAUUGAAAACGUAUGUUAAACACUUAUUUUAUCUUGGUCAGUUGAUUUAAUGUUUAUUUUGUUAUAAUUAUUUGGUGUUGGUGUUAUCUAUUCCCACUUGUAAUGACGUUCAUACACUCAUAGAGAACACGAACCAAUUAUAUACAGCUGCCAUCCAGCAUGACGCAACGCACAAUUACAUUCCACUUAGGUAUAGGUACAUAUGUUAUAACACAGGAGUAGGCCUACUUCACUGACCCUGUAUUAUUAUAGUCAAGUGUUUGUGCAGGCUAUGUGAUGUCAUUUUAUUACAAUGUGCUCAUUAUACAGUUGCCCCCUCCUUACAGAUCUGUCGUAACGUUCUCGUCGCCCCUUUGCUGUUCAACUUUUCACCUCCAAAUAUAAGCUUUUGUAUGACAUUUGCAGUAUCUAUGCUCAUUGUGCAAUAUAUUUCUAUUUGAUUUU